AUGGAUAAGCGGGAGCAGCAUAAGGUGGUGCUGAUAGUAACAAAAGCGGCGUUCGAGAUGCUAAGUCGGUUACUUCUCGCCAUGGCUAAUUCGGGAGCUGACGCCAGUUCGCCGAUCGUGAACUUGCCAAAUUUAGGCGCCUUGCGAGGCUCCACGGGCACAGGUGCAUGGACGGGUCGAAAGUUUUCCCAAUUUUUGGGGGUGCAUUACGCGCAGUCAACCGCCGGUGAAAACCGAUUCAAGCCGCCAAAGAAAGUACAGCCAUGGCAAGGAAUUAAGGAUGCCACCCGUCACGGCAUGCCGUGUCCGCAGAUGAAGCUUAUUUCCUCCUUUAAGGGUAAAGCAUUCGUGCCGGAUCUGGAGGAUUGUUUAACCGUGUCGGUAUACAGCUCCGAUCUCGGCGCGAGAAGACCGGUGAUGUUUUUCAUUCACGGCGGAGGUUUCCAUGAAGGCAGUGCGAAAAAUCAAACGGCCGAAUUUCUGCUGGAACGCGACGUCGUGCUAGUUGUCGUUCAGUAUCGUUUGGGUCCGCUCGGAUUUCUUGCGACAAAAACGGAAGCAAUUCCCGGCAAUGUGGCCCUGAUGGAUCUUACGCUUGCCCUCGAAUGGGUGCAGGAAUAUGUGGAGCAUUUCGGUGGUGAUCCAAACAGCGUGACCGUGUUUGGCCAGUCGGCAGGAGCGGCCGCCAUAUCGGCACUUUUGUACAGCCCCAAGGUAGCGGAGGGACUGUUUCACAAAGUCAUACUACAGUCGGCUGGAUCCGCUUCGCCCUGGGUUUGGGAUACGAAUCCCGUCGAUAGCGCGCACGAUGUGGCAAUCAAUGCCGGGUGUCCUGAUUCUGCUUCCCAGGAGGAGGUGGAAGAGUUUCUACAAACGGUCGAUGUGUGGACGUUGUUACGGAGCUUUAUUGAUCUUAAAGUGCAGCGAAGCGUGUCGCAGGGCUUGGAUCACGUCGGUGGCAAUCGACUCAUUACCGGAGAUUAUCACGGCUUCCUGCCACAAACGCCGUGGGAUUGUAUGAAGCAAGGAAAGAUACGGAAAAAUCUCCCAAUGAUGGCUGGUGUGACCAAGCACGAAGGCACAUUUCUCCUGACGACCGUGUACGAUCACUUCAAGCGCACGGGCCAGCUGGAUGAUCCGAAUUUCACCAGAUAUUUUCUGGUGGAUGCAAUCAAUAAAUUUCUAGGUGCAAGCGAUGCAACGGGAGCAUUGGGCGGUUAUGAGACGCGAACGUUGUUCUCGUCGGAGGAACUGAAAAGUGGCAGCUUUGGUGAGAUGGCUGAUGGGUUGAUUGAUCUUGCCGGAACCAUUCUAAUAAAAGCCCCACUUUUACGAGAAGCGCAAGCAAGUGCGAGGUUCAACCCGAACAGUACAUUCCUCUACUCGUUCGAUUAUGCCGGUGAGAAGACACGGUUUGGAUACGGAAGCGAUACGUCCCAUUAUCCCUUCGAGGGUGGUGUCCACCAUUCAGACGAUAAGAUGUACCUGUUUCCGUAUCCGCCUGGGAACGCAGAUGUGCUGAACGAAAAGGAUACGGCCAUGGCCAAGCUGAUGGUUGAUCUAUGGACAUCGUUUGCAGCGGAAGGAAUACCGAAAUCGGAUCAUCUGACCGUCCAAUGGGAUGCAAUGAAAAAUUACGCAGGUCCGUACUUACACAUAAAUGAUCCGCCCAGCAUCGGAGACAACUAUUACGAAGAAUUUACGGUAGCGAGCGACGAGAAGCGAAAGAAACGUAAUAAGGAUAGCGUGUAGACAAUCGUACGGAG